UUUUGCCAUUAAAAUGCACCCUCAACAAGCAUAUAUGCUUAGGUAGAAACUGUAUGUUAUGACCAUAUGGUGCUAAUAAUAACCACGUAGAUUGAGAAUUAGAAUCAGAGUUGCAUAUAUAUAUAUAUAUAUAUAUAUGCAUAAAAACGAGUAUGUAAAACUACAGCACUAGAAACUCCUUGUGUGAAGUGAAGGCCUUGUUCAUGGAUACACUCAGGAGUGAUGCUGAAAAGCAUGAGUACAACAAGAAGUUCUAUAAGGCCUUAAUGGGACAGAAGAAGGAAGAGGUAAUAGAACUCUGUAAGCAUGUCCCAGAGGGGCCUUUGCAUGUUGUAACCUUGCAUGGUGAUACUGUCCUUCAUCUAGCCGCCUACUCGAAACAAAGGGAUCUGGCUAAGUGCUUACUUGAACAAGUGUCAAAAUGCGAUGGUGCAGAACGACUACUACAGCGUGCAAAUUCCUUACACUAUACAGUUUUUCACGAGGCAGCCACCUCGAACAAAGCAGUUCCUCUAGCAAAAGAAAUGCUGCGUUUGUCCCCUGGACUGCUGCAUCUACGCGGUGAUAAUAAUGAGACAGCUCUCUUUCGUUCUGUGAGAUAUGGUAAGAGGGAGAUGUUUGAUUUUCUAGACAAGGAAGUUGGAAAAGCUGUCGAGGGUGAUCAAGAAAAGUGGGAUGCAUUUCAUUACAGAAGCGACAGAUCAACCACACUCCACCAGUCUGUACUUAUGGAGCAUUUUGACCUCGCCCUUUGUAUUGCUGAAAGGCAUGGGUGCUUAAUCGGUGAACAAGAUGGAGAUGGGAUGACUGCUCUUCAGCUCCUUGCAUUAAAUCCAUCUGCGUUCAAAGUUGGCAAGAAAAACAGAUUUAUCAAGCUUCUUGUUAACUCUACUCCAAAAUUUAUCAGCAUUCCCUUGUUGGAUCAUAUCCGGAUGAAAUUCGAUAAAUAUGAAUCAGCUCUGAAACUUGCCAAGUUCUUAAUUGCAAAGGAUACAUCUUGGGAAUCCACUGAAGCUGUAAAGAAUAAGAGCGAGACGCGAUUCCACAAAUAUGGACACUUGUUCCAGGAACAAAAGCCUGAUGACGGAGAAAGAAUGCAGUCAGGUGCAAAAAGAUGUCCUGAAACUCCACUCUUUUUGGCAACAAAGUCAGGUUGCAUUGAGAUUGUACAAGAAAUACUCGAGGCAUAUCCUCAGGCAGUCGAGUAUGUAGAUGAGAAAGGGCGAAUGAUACUACACGUUGCCAUCAAAUACUGCCAGACACAAAUUUUUCGUCUUGUUCAGAGCAUGAAGUUGCCAAGGAAAAGGCUCAAGAGAAAGGUCACUAAUGAAGGAAACUCUAUUCUGCACAUGGUUGGUCUAAAGGAUAAAGAAGUUUUAGGAGACAUGCGAAGCCCUGCCCUGCUACUGCAAGAACGUUUACUAUUUUUUGAGAUGGUUAAGAGUAUCUGCAAAGCAGAUAUGGUGAAGCUCCUGAACUCAGAAGGUCACACUGCAGAAGAAGUCUUCAAUUGCACGCACGCACAGCUUCGUUCUGAUGCAAAAGACUGGCUAAAACGCACUGCUGAAAACUGUACCAUUGUUGCGGUGCUUAUUUCCACCGUUGCCUUUGCUGCAGCAUAUACCAUUCCAGGAGGGCCAAACCAAAGCACUGGCUAUCCAGUUCUUCUUCACAAAACUUUCUUCGUUGUUUUCACCAUUGCAGACGUUCUCUCAAUCACGCUGGCUUUGACAUCAACUAUAACGUUUCUUGCAAUCCUCACGUCCCCGUUUCACAUGAAGGACUUCAAGCGAUCCCUCCCUCAGAAGCUGAUGCUAGGACUUUCUUUGCUCAUUCUCUCGGUGACCAUGAUGAUGCUCGCCUUUGCAGCAACAGUGAUCCUGAUGAUAAGUAACAAGGAACGUUGGACAAAAAUCGCGUUGUCCUGCAUGUCGUUCAUUCCAGUCACCAUAUUUGCAGUCUCAUACGUGCCCCUAUACAUUUCUCUGUGGAAGAACUACAGCUAUACAUUUAGGAAACUAUGGGACGCUUUACCUAGGCUAAACAUCUCUUCUGGUGCGCGAUCUAAUAUUGCAGGUGUUUCUAGCAGUUCUGCCUUUUCUGUCAGCAAGACUCAAGGCUUUGAUUCUCUGGUCUGAAAGGAGAAAAUGUAUCCUGAAGCUAUGUGAAAUGGUGGAGCUUAACUUUCUUGAUUUUUGCUUAUCAUUGUAACUAUACUAUGCAUUGUGUUCUGAUAUGUUUACUAGUUUCCUUAUGUAGUAUUGAAAUGAAAGAUGCUUUGUUAUGAAGGAUAGUAGAUAUGUAGAAUGCCUUUUAAGUGUACUACUCUCAGUCUCCACUAUUGCAAUGUAAUUUAGCAAGUUUUCUCCAAAA